AGGGCUUAUCUCAGCAUUUGGUGUGGAAGUAUAAAGGGCUGCAAUGGCCGUUCUCCCCAGUGGACAUGCUGCUGACAGAGCCUCUGCACACAAGCUACUCAUUUCAGCUUUAUUAGCAACUUUCUAUUCGAACAUCUGCAUCAACCAUGGGAGUUGCCUACAGUGUCGGAGAGGUGGACCACCUUUAUACUUUCUUCUCACAGUGGUCUCCAGACUUCACAACGAAAUGCAAUAAGAUGAACAAGAAGCCUCGCUCUAAAACCUACCUAAUCCGAGAGAAGAAUCACAACCACUAUUUGUUUGUAGAGCAAGACAAAGCUGCUAUGAUUGACAAGUUACUGAGAGACUCUGGGAAUCCUGCUGCAAGAAACUGGAUCAUCACAGUAAAGGAGCCCAAGAGGCGUCUAAGUCUGAGCAGCUUUGAGGACUCGGAUUACCAGGAGGAUUUGGAGGAUUCACUUCCUGUUUUGAGUCAUCAAAGUCAACUGCUAGACAAUCUCCACCUGGAAAAGAUUGCAGCUCAUUUACCAGUCAGAACCCAAGGCUACCCAUGGCAGUUGGUCUACAGCAUCACGAUACAUGGGAGCAGCCUGAAAACUCUGUACAGGAACAUGGCAGGUCUGGACAGCCCCGUGCUCCUCGUAAUCAGAGACAUGCACAAAAAGGUGUUUGGUGCUUUCAGCUCAGACCCCUUCAAAAUCAGUCACAGUUGCUAUGGGACAGGAGAAACUUUUCUUUUCAGUUUCAACCCUGAUUUCCAGCUGUACAAGUGGACUGGCGAAAAUUCAUACUUUGUCAGUGGCAAUUUGGAGUCUUUGCAGAUUGGUGGAGGAGGUGGCUGCUUUGGUUUGUGGUUGGAUGCAGAUCUGUAUCAUGGCUCGAGCUUCUCUUGCCCUACUUUCGAUAACGCUCCACUUUCCACUCACGAAGACUUCAUUGUACAGGAACUGGAGGUGUGGACUGUUCAGAGAUGAUCCCACUCAUCUAUGCAGACAAAACACUGGUGAUCUGGUUGUACUGAGGGACUCUGUAGUCCUGUGUGGGUACUACUCGAGAAGUGCUCUGGCCUCAUUAUGGAGCGGGUCUGGCUAUGAGCAGACCCACGUGGAUAGUCCUGUGAAACGGGUCCUGUUUCUACUUCUCUUGGGACACAAUAGGCUUUUAGGCCCCCCUGUCACUAUGGAGUUAGAAGUGAAACUGUUGGAUAAGGCAUCUAAGCUUAUUAACAGUACAAGAUUUAUUACAAUAACAAGUUAUUUCUGAGUGUUUGCAUAAGAUGUUAAAGACUCAAUUUAUAAAAAUCAAGGCCUAUGUCAAUCUGAUGUAAACGCGAUAACAUUUUGCACUACAUUGUUCCAAUACAGUAUUUUUUAAACUACUUUUGGAUAAAAAAGGAUACUGUAAACUGUCACUGUUUGUGUGAAUGUAUUUCUUUUUGUUGUUUUGUAAACUGAGUUAAACUCCACUAUUUAUAGUAAUCAAAGAUGGACCGAAAAUUGAAGCAACCUUCAAAAAAAAACUAUUUAUUCUUUUGUGUAUUUUAUCUAUGUAUAUAUUAUGGGGAAAGGCUGUGCUGGCAUUGCCACUUUUUGUGAAUCAAACAAUAAAAUAUCUGGUUUAUUAUUA